UUGGCAUCUAUUACAACGUUGUCCAGAGUUAGCUGUUACAAAAGACCUCUUUGGUGAAACCCCUAUAUAUGCAUUGGCUUCAGUUCCUUCCUCAUUCCCAUGUGGCAAGCGACUCAUAUUUUGGAAGCAGUGGAUCUAUGACGGUUACUAGCUAACUCUAUCUAUCUUUUCUCACACUCACCUUACCUUCUAUUAGCUAUACUUUGAAUACGCUUAAUUACAAGCUCAUGACUAUUAUAGUGUUUUGAUUAAUUUCGACUAAUAGGCAUAAAAAAGCAGCAUUCUUCUACUCUUUCACAUGAUGGUGAUGCAAAUGUUCAUAAUGCAGGAAAUAGCCAAGGUCAAAAGCAUGAUUCUUCUGUUACCAUUAACAUCCCCGAUAACGUUCAGAAUAUUGAAAAUGGCCAAGUAAAAAAAAACAGUAUAAUGGAUACAGUUGCAGGUUCACUCGCCAGAAUUUAUAGGAAUUUGUGGAAGCAUACAGGAAUUCCUGAAAUAUACGAAACCAAACGGAUUCAUGAUCGGUCUAAUGAUUUUCUUGAGUGCAUGUGCGAAGUGAUAAAGGACUUAAACCACAAAGCUAUUCAAGAUGGUAUGGUAUAUGCUGCAGUAUUACGAGCUGUUGAACGGGGGAUUCCUGAGUUCGUUACUCGUGUAUGUAAAGAAAAUCGAGAACUUGUGCGUAGUACUAAUGAACUCGGAAGGAGCAUAUUUCAUUACGCAAUUGAAUGCCGGCAGGAAAAAGUUUAUAGCCUUAUAUACGGGCAUGACAUGAGAAGUGCGAUUUCAACAAUUACAGAUCAUUCCAACAAUAACAUGUUACAUAUGGCCGCAUUUUUGUCCCCAUUCUCGCAACUUCAUAAAAUUCCAAGUGCGGCUAUGCAAAUGCAGAGAGAACUACAAUGGUUCAAGGAGGUAGAGAACAUUGUAGCUCCUAAGGCUCGUGAACUUGUUAACUGGACAGACCAUAUGACUCCACGAGAGCUUUUCACAAAAACUCACAGUAAAUUGUUGAAAGAUGGAGAAAGUUGGAUGAAAGAGACGGCGACUUCUUUUACAGUCGUCGGUGCUCUCAUUGUCACAUUGAUGUUUGCUACUGCGUUUACUGUUCCGGGAGGAUAUAAUCAAGAUACAGGUCUCCCCAUCUUCAUAGACGAAAGGUUAUUCAUGGUGUUUAUAAUUUCUGAUGCCACAUCGUUAUUUUCUGCAACAACUUCAUCAUUGAUGUUUCUGGGCAUCUUGACUUCACGUUAUGCAGAAGAUGAUUUCCUAAAAUUGUUACCUACAAAAAUGAUAAUUGGGCUAUUCACGCUCUUUUUCUCUAUUACAACCAUGAUGAUAGCUUUCUGUGCUGCCCUUCUACUUAUAUUGCAAGAGAAACCGUGGACAGCCAUUCCAAUCAUUUUGCUCUCUUGUGUUCCGGUGACGUUAUUCGCAGCAAUAAAAAUUCCACUUCUGGUCCAUAUGAUUGCGUCAACUUAUGGACGAGGAAUAUUCAAUAACAAGGUCGACAAAUGGCUAUAAGGCUAUGCAAUUAAUUAUGCAUUCAUUUAUUUACAAUUAUUUUUCACAAUUUUUUCAUUAACUAUUAUGUAAA